AUGCCUCCAACUGCGCGCGCCGCCGCCACUGUCGUGGCACUGUCCAUUUUGUUUGUGUUGACCACGCUGCAGGGUGCCGCUGCUGCCGCCGCCGCGGCACCGGCUUUCGCCUUUGCAGGCUUCACAGGAAAGCUCUCCAGCUUGGCGCACGAUGUGGCCGGGAAGGUGACAGUCAACAACCGCUCAUCCAUCACCAUCGCGGGCUUCACCUACGACGGCAAGGCGCCCGCGACCCACUGGUGGUGCGCCAAGUCCAACUCGCGCGCAGACCUGCUCGUCGGCUUCCGCGCGGCACCAGCGCGCCUUGAUCGGGCUUACAACGCGGAGAAGGUCCAGCUGUCGCUCGUCCCCCAGGUCGACUUCUCCACAAACUGCCGCGUGCUGGCCGUGUGGUGCGAGACGGCCAAGGCCAACUUUGGUGACGUCACCAUCACGCCCGCCGCCGCCGCCGCAGCACCGGCUUUCGCCUUUGCGGGCUUCACAGGAAAGCUGUCCAGCUUGGCGCACGAUGUGGCCGGGAAGGUGACAGUCAACAACCGCUCAUUCGUCACCGUCGACGGCUUCACCUACGACGGCAAGGCGCCCGCGACCCACUGGUGGUGCGCCAAGUCCAACUCGCGCGCAGACCUGCUCGCCGGCUUCCGUGCGGCACCGGGGCGCCUCGAUCGGGCUUACAACGCGGAGAAGGUCCAGCUGUCGCUCGUCCCCCAGGUCGACUUCUCCACAAACUGCCGCGUGCUGGCCGUCUGGUGCGAGACGGCCAAGGCCAACUUUGGUGACGUCACCAUCACGCCUGCCGCCGGCGCCGCGGCAACACCGGUCUUCGCCUUUGCGGGCUUCUCAGGAAAGCUGUCCAGCUUGGCGCACGAUGUGGCCGGGAAGGUGACAGUCAACAACCGCUCAUCCGUCACCGUUGAAGGCUUCACCUACGACGGCAAGGCGCCCGCGACCCACUGGUGGUGCGCCAAGUCCAACUCGCGCGCAGACCUGCUCGCCGGCUUCCGUGCGGCACCGGGGCGCCUCGAUCGGGCUUACAACGGGGAGAAGGUCCAGCUGUCGCUCGUCCCCCAGGUCGACUUCUCCACAAACUGCCGCGUGCUGGCCGUGUGGUGCGAGACGGCCAAGGCCAACUUUGGUGACGUCACCAUCACGCCCGUCGCUGCCGCCGCGGCACCGGUCUUCGCCUUUGCGGGCUUCACAGGAAAGCUGUCCAGCUUGGCGCACGAUGUGGCCGGGAAGGUGACAGUCAACAACCGCUCAUCCAUCACCGUUGAAGGCUUCACCUACGACGGCAAGGCGCCCGCGACCCACUGGUGGUGCGCCAAGUCCAACUCGCGCGCAGACCUGCUCGCCGGCUUCCGUGCGGCACCGGGGCGCCUCGAUCGGGCUUACAACGCGGAGAAGGUCCAGCUGUCGCUCGUCCCCCAGGUCGACUUCUCCACAAACUGCCGCGUGCUGGCCGUGUGGUGCGAGACGGCCAAGGCCAACUUUGGUGACGUCACCAUCACGCCUGCCGCUGCGCAGGGUGGCCGGAAGCUGCUGCGGGCAGCGGCGGUCGUGGGGGUGGCAGCGUCAGGGCUAGUCCAUUAG